UGGCAGUCCGUGGAGUUCUCGUCCUGUGUUUGUGGAUGGUCGUGUGUUGCAAUUCUCAGGACCUAUCUUGUCGAACCACGCUUUGUCCUUGGGGACAUGAGUGCACUAUGGAGAAUGGAAAGCCAAAUUGUAUCCCUCAGAAAGGGGAUGUGUGUGGGGCUUCAGGAGACCCUCAUCACCAUACCUUUGAUGCACGUUACUUUGAUUUUAUGGGGACAUGCACAUAUACUCUGGUGAAUGUCACUAAAGAUGCUGAGAAGAGUCUUAAACGGUUUACAAUUCUGUCCAAGAAUGAUAAUCGAGGAAAUGUUGCUGUUUCCUAUGUGGCUCUGGUAACCUUCAAAACAAGUGGCUACACCAUCGAUAUCAAGGAAGGGGAAGUUGGCUAUGUGAGAGUCAAUAACGUAAUGUCCCUUCUGCCGGUGACCCUGAAUAGUGGAACUGAUUCGAUGAUAGAAAUUUUCCAAAGUGGAAACACAGCAAUCAUCCAGUUCACGACUGUAGUCAGGAUAUCGUAUGAUUGGAAUAGCGUUGUGCGCAUUGAGCUCACAAGGAGUUAUUCAAAGAAUGUUGAUGGCAUGUGCGGGAAUUACAACCAGGAUCCAGGAGAUGACUUUCAAACUCCUAGCGGCUCCCAGGCCCCCAAUGCUAUUGAGUUUGGAAAGAGUUGGAGGGUGGACGAUGGCACGGAAUGCUGGGAUGACUGCAAUGGACCAUGUCUAACCUGCCAUGCCAAAUUGGCAGAGACAUUCAAAACAGACGACUAUUGUGGGAUUCUUACCAAGAAAGAUGACGGUCCCUUCAGCGCGUGCUAUGCUCUUGUGGAUCCCAGCAGAUACAUGGAUAACUGCGUGUACGAUGUGUGUUUAAAUGAUGGCGACAGGAAGCUUUUAUGUGAGGCAAUUAAGGACUAUGCGGACACCUGUCAGCGCGCUGGGGCGAAAAUCAGUGACUGGAGAAAGGUUGCCGGAUGUCCCUUAGACUGCCCUGAGAACAGCAGAUAUGUGCUCUGUGGGAGGGAAUGUGCCCCAACGUGUCAAGAACAAGAAUCUUCCACGUGUUCUGAGCUCUGUGUGGAGCAAUGUCAAUGUGAUCCAGGUUUUCUUCUGAUCGGAGGACAGUGUUUAUCAAAGGAAAAUUGUGGUUGUUUCUUUAAUGGGCGUUCAUAUGCUCCUAACCAGUCAUUUUGGGGGGACGAUACCUGUACCCAGAAGUGUAUUUGCAAUGAAAAAACCAAGGAGGUGGAGUGCAGUAGAGCAUCAUGCAGAGUUAGAGAAGAAUGCAGUGUGAGGGAUGGACUCCGAGACUGUUUCCCCCCAAUCUUUGCAUGAGGAGAGUCUGUCCCUCUUUCACAGUGUCGCUGAAUUUAUAACUGAGCUUAUUACUCUGUCAGAGAGACUGUGAAGAAAAGAGUUGUUUAAAGAGUCAUAUCGACAGUGAUGGUGGCAAUAUGAUUGGUGUAAAAAAAAAAAAAGGGGGAAACCUUCUCAUACACUCCUGGGUAUUAUACAAAAACAUAAAUGCAUCUAACUUUAUUUCUAUAUAAAAAUGAAGUAGAUUUAUUUCAUCAAAACAAAUAUACACACACAUACAAACUCAGCUUAAUGUUACAAGGGAAGAAGUUCAGGGCAGAUCUUCCUUGUCUUCAUAGAACAUGACAGCUAAAGCAGAUGUGGCCAGUAAAAUUGCACCAAAACUCAAGAUAAGCCAUGUGACUUAUUGACACCAUCUGUCCUUUACUAACCCAGAGAGCCAAGUAAUGUACACCUCGAAUAUGUCAUAUUCUGCAAUUCCUUCUGUUUGCGGUUUGUCUUAAAACCAUAACACAUUGUCAGUGACCUAUUGAUUCACACAUAAUUCUUAUCAGAUUUGUAUCUCUGUCUGAGUAUAAAACAAGAUACAGCCACAGUUUUCUAAUCUCUGAAUUCUUAGACUGAGGAGCUAACUUUCUUAAUGUCUCUUUUACUAAAGUUGCCCUCUGUUUUAGCUUCUGUUAUAUUCACGCAGGUAUACAUAGUUGUCUAAUUGUUACACUACAUAACUAUAUGUAGAAUAACGCACAUAACAUAUAUACAAAUAACAAUAAGAAAUGGAUGGAAUAUAAUAUUAACAACAAAAAGAACUCAAAAUUAAUGACCAUUGAUGCUCUUCUUUGAAUUUGCUUUGUUCAUGCAGAGAUGAAAUGUCUGCCUCAUUAAUUUAUUUCUGUAUCUUAUAUAAUAUUGUUUUAUCUUUCCUAAUUUCAUACACCCACUCUUUCAGUGGAAUUCCACUUGUUUGUGAAACAUUAAAUCCAUUAUUUGCUUUAAACUAAUAAAAAUAUUUACCCAA